GGAAACGCAAAGGAGUAAAAGGAGGUUUGAAACCGGAAAUGUGAACCUAGUGACUGCUAAAUGGAUUUCGUUAGCUCCCCUCUUCCAAAACACACGAUGGCUUUUUGAUUGACAUAAGUUAACAGUUACGUAACGUCGAUAAAAGGAUACUGCGAACAUGACAAAUGUUUACUCCUUCGAUGGCAUUCUGGUGUUUGGGCUGCUCUUCAUCUGCACGUGUGCAUACUUCAAAAAGGUUCCUCGCCUCAACAGCUGGCUGCUGUCAGAGAAGAAAGGAGUGUGGGGAGUCUUCUACAAAGCCGCUCCCCCCACACACAAACCAGCGAAGUGUGACACUUCUUCCCCACUCAUCCUCACUCAGCUGAGGGAAAUGGCUCGAGAAACUUUUUUUGUUUUACUCCAUGCUGCAGUCAUUGGGACACGGCUCCAUAUUUCUGUGGCGAUCUCCUGUGUGGUCAUGGCUUUCUAUUUGAUCUUCCUGAAAUGAUGGAACCGGACUGGUUGGGGAGAUUUAAAAUGGCAUAAGCUAGUGCUGGACUCACUGUGGUCAUGGAUAGUCCUUAUGGGACAACUAGUGGACUAAGUGACCCAUGACGUCGCUUCGCCUCAUGGACUUGCUAUGAAAGAGUCAGUGCCACCCCCUUGUGGUGACUGGGUACAUAACGUAUCCCAAAACAGAUGAAGUCAUCCUGAAUACACCCUAUAGUUUUAUUACAGAGAAGUGGGUGAGGCCUGUGGUGUCACUCCGUUUUGAACUCAAGCUGUUUGUCUUCUUCAUUCACAUAAUUAUUUAUACUGAAGCUAUGACAAUGAGUCAUUGCAUUGUAAGCCUGUACAACAUGAAGUUAGUUGACUAAUAUUUGUUAUCCUUUUGAUCAAACUGAAAAUGAUCAAUUCUACAUGUAAUGUUUUUCCCCAGUUACAUCUGUGUUGCUUCUUUCAUGGGUGGAUAAAGAAAUAAUAUAUGAUGUAUUUUGACACAAUAUUGUACCUUUCACUUUUGUUUUCCCACAGAUCUUGGGGAUUUUAAACAAGUUUUCAUACUACUCAACUCAGCCCAUACAAUUGCAUACUGGAUAAUGAUCAUUUUGUUUGAGUCUUUAAUGACAUACAAAUAAAAAUUUAAACAAAUUGGACCAACACGUAUAAUAAAUCUGCCUCAAAAUAUGCCUACAAUGCUAAAUAAGGACAGUGGUUAUCUGGUCAUUUCAUGCGAUCAUUGAAAGAAAUGAUUGGGGAGUGGGUGCAAUGAAAUAUUGAUUAAAAUAUUAGCAACACAACUUGUAUGUUGUUUUUAUUAAAAGAAAAGUCAAGACAUCUCUGCUCGUUUCCCGCUGUUGCUUUUUUUUUGUUUUAUAACCUUUAUUCUGAGUCUGUGGCACUAAUUCAGAGUAAAGCUAGUAGAACUCAGCUUCAAAUCACCAAUUGUUUUCAGUGCAAUCACUUAGUUUACACAUCUGGCUUUUCUGCUGCAAGCGUCACACGUUCUAACUUCGAUGUAACAUAGGCUAUAUAUUUUAAUCUGAUCAAGCAGAUUGACUUUACUUUGACGAUAUUGCAGACCUUUUCAGUAUACCAUUUUGAAGAGCAACCAACUGUUCUGUAAUUAAAGAUGUUGAUUUUAUGAUGUAACUACCGCUAAGUACAAAUUGCACUCCUUUAGUUUGACAGCUGCACUCAAAAUUAUUCAAGCCAUUGUGGAAACACUUUUGUUGUUUGUUGUGUUGAGCUGUGUCCAUUGUUUUAUUGGUUCUGCAAGUUUGUCAACUUUGCAAUGUGUUGAAUAAAAUUAAGUGCAUUUUUUUGUACAUGAUUUAAUUUUAACUAAACUUUUUGAAUAUUAAAUAUUUAACAUUUAAA